GUCUCUUGAGCGACUUACUGUCGAAGGGUGCCAUGCAUUAACAAGGUUACCAGUGGAGAUGUUCGAGUCGUGUACGUCCCUCCGAGAGCUGAAUUUGUCCAAUUGCCGCAGUCUGGUCUCCUUUCCCCUUGAUUUGCGACGGACCCCUUCUCUCGAGAGCUUCUCGUUAUGGUGGUGUCCCAACUUGAUUGCUGAGAUGCCUAGUGGAUUUGGCUAUCUUACCAGCUUAGGGAAAGUGCUGAUUGGUCCCUUCUCAGAUGACUCAAUAAUCGAAUUUGAUUGGGCUGGAUUAGCAUCUUCAUCAUCACUGCAACACGUGUCUUUGUAUGGAAUGCAUGACACGAAAUCUCUGCCACAUCAGCUUCAAGACUCGACUACCAUCACAUCACUAUCUCUACUUUACUUUGGAGCAAUCGAAGCCUUACCAGAUUGGCUUGGGAACCUUGCGUCUCUUGAUGAGCUAAUCCUAUUCAAUUGCCCAAAGCUUGAAUAUUUACCCUCCGUAGAUGCCAUGGAACGCCUCAAAUUAAGACGUCUGAAAAUUUGGUGGUGUCCUCUAUUAGAACGAAGAUGCACUCCUCGAAGCGGCUCCGAGUGGCCCAAGAUCUCUAAUAUUCCGGAGCGUGAAAUUGAUGUGGUAAGAUCUCAUCUCAAAAUUUUAAUUAAUUCCUUCUCAUUAUUGGAUCAUCUUAUUCUACCCCGUAUUUGUCCCUCACUCUCUUUCUCCAUAAAUAUCUAUUCCUCUACUUCUUCUGGCAAAAGAUUACUCUCUCUUUCAUGUCAUUAACAAAGUAGAGUUACGAGCAAAUUGAAAGAUAACAAAAUUGUGGAUUUCAUCUGCUUUUCUGAACCAUCCGAAGGAUGAACUUGGUAAACAUUCAGCUUCAAUGGGGUAUGUUAUUAUUUUUUUUGUCACUGAUAUUUCCAAACAACAUUAAAACCAAUGAAAUAGCAAUUUGGGGAGAACAUUACAAUUUUUGUUUUUACCGCUGGCAUUUAAUAGAUGGAUAUGUUCUUAAUAUUCACUGUUAUCUCUCUGUAAGACUCUGCAUUAUGAUUGCCA